AGGUACAACUUCAGAGGGUUUUCCUCGAGCUUGUUUAUUCUUUCAAGAAUUCACGAGUUUAUUUUGUUGGAUUUUGAAGUAUUAAAAGGGUUUCUUAGUAGAAAUGUUCACUUUAAAGUCAAUUUCAUUUAUAAAUAUCCUGUUCUGGGUUUAUUCUUUAAGUAGUGGUUCAGACAUUCGUCCAAAUGUUCUUGUUCUAGUUGCCGACGAUCUCGGAUUUGAGUUGAACGCAUACGAGAAUAAUGUUAUAAAAACUCCGAACAUUAACGAUCUUGCUGAUCGUGGAAUUGUAUAUUCAAAUGCAUUUACAACAGUGAGCAGCUGCUCCCCCAGUCGUUCCACAAUCUUAACUGGUUUGCCACAGCAUCAAAAUGGAAUGUAUGGUUUGCACAACGGCUACCACCACUUUAAUUCAUUCGACGAAGUUAAAAGUUUGCCCUUUCUGCUUCAUGAAAAUGGGAUUAGAACCGGCAUUAUUGGAAAGAAACAUGUUGCGCCAGAGGCAGUUUACCCGUUCGAUUUUGCGGAAACAGAAGAGAACAAUUCAAUAUUGCAAGUUGGGCGUAACAUUACACGAAUGAAGGAGCUAGCCAAACAAUUUUUUUCAAUGCAGUUGAAAAAUGAAUCUUUUUUAUUAUACAUUGGGUUUCAUGACCCCCACAGGUGUGGCCACACCCACCCGCAAUAUGGAGAGUUUUGUGAGAAAUUUGGUAAUGGAGAUUAUCGAAUGGGGAAAAUCCCUGACUGGAAACCAGAUUACUAUAGUCCCGAUGAUGUCAUAGUACCCCCAUUUGUUCAAGACACUCCUGCUUCCAGAAAAGAUAUUUCUGCUCAAUACACAACUAUAUCUAGAUUAGACCAAGGCGUAGGUCUGAUUAUAAAUGAACUAAAACAAGCAGGAUUUUUAGAAUCCACCUUAAUUUUAUUCACUUCAGAUAAUGGUAUUCCAUUUCCUAAUGGGAGAACAAACCUUUAUAAUUCAGGGACUGCGGGACCUUUUAUACUAGCUUUACCAGUGCAGAAACACAAGCAGGCUGUAGUUGAUAAUAGUUAUGUUUCUCUACUUGACAUUACCCCUACCGUUUUGGAUUGGUUCAGCAUUACCUACCCCCAGUAUACAUUAUUUCAUAGGGAUGUAAAACUUACAGGAAAAUCACUCCUAAAAGACAUCAGUAAUAGUGAUGUUGCUUUUGGAAGCCAUAGCCUGCAUGAAGUGACUAUGUACUACCCCAUGAGGUCUGUACAUAAAAAUGGUCUACUUCUUAUUCAAAAUCUCAACUACCUUAUGCCAUUUCCAAUAGAUCAGGACUUCUAUUUGUCUUUAUCAUUUCAAGACCUUCUAAAUCGGACACAAACAGGGGCAGACCUUCAUUGGUCAAAAACCCUUAAGCAAUAUUACCAAAGGUCUCAACUAGAACUGUUUAAUUUAACCAGUGACCCAUUAGAGCUUGACAAUUUGGCUUAUAAACCAGAAUACCAUAACAUACUUACUGAUAUGCAGACAUUGUUACAGCAAUGGCAGAACACAACAUGGGACCCAUGGAGAUGCGCUCCAAGUGGUGUAUUACAGGAUUCGGGAGCUUAUAAGCUUAACCCAACAUGUUUGCCUUUAUUAAAUGGAUUAUAACCAAAUGUUGGAAAAGUAUGUGGUUGUCUAAUCUUCCGUUUAUGUUUUUAA